GUUUGUGUUGAGAGUGUUUUGGAGAAGUUGAUAAAGAGCAUGAUCGCGGAGCAAAGAUACAAGAUUGGAUAUAAACAAACCGCGUCGUCGACGAGAGAUGGACCGGACUAUGAGCUCAGCUGCGCUCGCUUGGAUAAAGUCUUCAGCUGACAUCCAGAGGAGGACUGGAAUCUGGAGUGCAUUCAUGAGCGACCACAUUCAAAAUAAAACGUCAACAGGAGCAGCUAGGUUUAUUUAUUAUGAUUUUGUCUGGAAGACCUGGCUAGAGGCUCAGGCAUUCUGCAGACAGAAAUACACAGACCUGGCCACCAUUCAAAGUUUAACUGAAAUGAACGACUUGAACAAAAUGGUGCCAUCAUAUUUUAGUCCAUGGAUCGGCCUGUACAGAGAAUCUUGGAAGUGGUCAGAUGGAAACACUUUCUCUCCUACCUCCAUUUACUGGAUGAGUGGAAAACCUGACUUGACUGGAAAGGGUCGCCCUUGCGCUGCUGUAGGUACUGAUAGUAAGCUUGACGAUCGUCUCUGCUCAGAUCUGCUUCCUUUCAUCUGUGUGUACAUUGCAAAGACACAGAUUGUGAAACUGGAGGUGAAAUCUGUUCAGAAUCUGAAUGACCCUGAAGUGAUGGACACAAUCUCACAGUGGAUAACACAGAAGCUGAAUAAUCGUGGGGUAAUGAAUGCAAAAUUGAAAUGGAGAGUACAACCAGAUGGAAAUGUUUUCACACCAAAAUACGUCAGGGAAACUACCCCUCAACAGAUUGACUGCUCGGCUCAACGUUUUAAUAAGUAAUAAUAUAGCACAUCUAUAAAGUGAUUUAUCAGACACAAAUGCAAUUAUUCUAUGUUGAUGGGAGUUAAAAGUAAACUUAGUUUUAAGUUAUGCUUAUCUAUAUAAUCAUUUGUUUCUAAUAUAUACUAGUUAGUAGCAGAUCUGUGAAGUAUAUCAGUCACAAAUGCAGUUUUCUGUGCAUGUCUCACUAAAAACUAAAUGUAGCAUCAAGUACUGCUAAACUAUUAUGUUUAAAGCUUUAACCCAUUAACUGGCACUGUCCCGUGAGCGGACACCUGAAUUUACUUUUAUAUUUUUUAUGUAAAUGUUAAUCUAUUGCGACAAACUAUAUAUUGUUGUAAAGGUCUAAGAUUGUAGAUUUCAUAUUUCAAAACCUUUAGCAGUAAUAAUAAUGCAGUGACUGUAAUUUAAUCAUUUGUGACAAGAGUAUGCAGCAAACCAACACGAACCUCCUUUUGUUUGAUAAUUUUAUGUAUAAAAUAAUACUAUAUGCAUUAUUUGUAUUUAUUACAAUACAUUUAAACUGCUAUAACAUUUUUUUCUUAUUUAAUUGUUAAAUAUAUUCAUAUAUUUUA